AUGACGUCCAACCUUGAGCCGCGAUAUGACGCCAACGAAAUUAUCCAGCUGGAUCCGAGGAAAGGCGAGCGGGAUUACAGCAUCUUGAUCAUCAACCCCAAUACCUCAACCCACAUGACCGAAGCUCUGACGCCCAUUCUGGCCAGCAUGAAAUACCAAGAUGUGCACUUCGAGUACUUCACUGCUCUAGAUUCCCCCGUCGAGGUCGAAGGAGUCAAGAUCGAGCCAAUUGCCAGCAUCAACAACGGGGAAGAAUCAUGCAAGUCGGCAUUGAAUUGCUGGCCUGUGCGGGAGCUUAUUGGCCAUUAUGAUGCUUUCCUUGUAGCGUGCUACUCCGCGCAUCCUUUCGUUGGCAGACUCAGGGAGGACAUCGCGGCACUCGAAGAAGCGGGCUCGUCGAGAAACAAAUACGUCACUGGAAUCUUUGAAGCAUCCAUCACCGCCUCGCUCUCUUUGGUUAGUGGUUUCGCAUUGAAGGAUCCGAUCAAACCAGCAGAGAAGCUACACAAGUACCAAGAGAAGGGCAGCUUCGGCGUUGUGACCACUGGUGCCGCAUGGAAGGAGGAGCUUACCAAUGGCGUUCAGAGAGCGCUGGGCUACGAUACUGAGGACGGAAGCUCCGGCCACUUUGCGGGCGUCGAAACCACCGGUCUGACAGCAGUUGAACUGCACACCACUGAACCAGAAGAAGUGCGACGGAGGAUCAUUGAGGCUACCCGCAACCUGCUUCGGAACUCGGAAUCUCGUGUUAAGGUUGUAUGCCUGGGCUGUGCUGGUAUGGCUGGCAUGGAGGAGGCGGUACGGGAGGGCUGUGUUCAGGAGUAUGGGCAGUCCGAAGGCCAACGUGUGCGAAUUGUUGACGGAGUAGUUGCCGGUGCUGGAACCCUCGUCACAGCCUUGAAGGCUGGAUUCUGA